AUGCCGUUCAAACAACCGUUAGGCGAGCGAGCGGACGAGAAUCGCGUGCCACCGACUUUCAUCCGACCAUUGGCCGACAAAAGAGCUGUUGUUGGUGAACGCGUAGUGUUGCAAUGUCAGUUGGACGGUCACCCGAUACCGGCAGUUAAAUGGCUCAAGGAUGGACACAACGUCUCGAACUGCCCCGAUUACGAGUUCGAAGAGGAUGGCCUUCAUCAUCGGCUAAUUAUCUCACAAGUACAGGGUGCGGACAGCGGAAGAUUUACGGCACAGGCCGCUAAUGCUGUCGGCCUUCGUCAGUCCACCUGCAUCCUGAUUGUUGCGCCGGCACCGACCCCAAUUCCUGGAGGGAAACCGACGAUGGUUUAUUCACCAGCACCACCACAAACCCCGGUUGGUCCUAGUGCGCCGAUAUUUUUGAAGGAGUUACGACAUCAACCUCUGAAACCUGGAGCUAUUAUGGUGAUGGAGGCGCGAGUAGCAGGUGUUCCACAUCCACAAGUCGAAUGGUUAAAAAAUGGAAAACCUCUGCAAAACUAUCGGGCAAGAAUUGACCAUGACGCUCAAACGGGUAUCGUCUCGCUCACAAUCCCGCAAAUGUUCAACGACGAUGCCGGCGAAUACAUGUGCAAAGCGAGCAACAUACAUGGUGAAGCGACAUCUACUGCUCAACUUCUCGCCAAGGAGCAGUACGAUCGUUGGUUUGCCGAAGAGCAAAUGCGUCUGACGAGAGACCGACGCCAGGCACAGCAGGGACGACCAAGCAGUGUUGCCCAGAAGCAGAUGAUGAAACAAGGCAUUGCCUAUUCGACCGAUCAUGAAAGUAACGGGGAUACGCCUUGGGGAAUCUCUGAAUCUGAGACCGAGCCGGAACUCGCCUCGCUAGACAACCGAGGUGCACCAGGAUCACGACCAAUUGUACGAGCUCCACCACGAGGUUUACGACUCACCGAAGGAACCGACGCGAUCCUCCAGUCGAAUAUAGUCGGAAAUCCGAAACCGAGGAUCUAUUGGUUAUUCAACGGUGCACCCAUUCGAAUGAGUGGACCACGGAUUCAAAUGACCUACAGAGGAUCACUAGCCGUACUCAAACUUUCAAUGGUUACACCAGACGACAGUGGCGAAUACACGGUUGUUGCCGAGAACGCGUUCGGAAAAGUUGAGAGUUCGGCUCGUAUCGAGGUCUACCCUCUUAGCGCGCCAGAGGAUCGAGUUAAAGAGCAACAACUACGAGAACAGCAGCAGUAUCUACAACAGCAACUUCGAUACGAAAAAGCGCUUGAGCGCGAACAAAUCGAACGACGAGCUCGUGAAGAGGAGAAUCUUCUAAUCCGAGAAGAGCAGGAGAGACUCAGACGAUUAUUCGAACGUGAACGCGCCGAGAGGGAACGCCUCGAGUUAAUUCGUAGACGUGAAGCCGACGAACGUGAACGACUACUACGACAACAUCGACAACAAGAGGAACAGGAGAGAGCACAUCGAGUCGAAGAGGAACGAAGACUUCGACAGUUACAGUGGACGACACAACCAUACCAACUACAGUAUCAACAGCAAUAUCCCAGCUGGAAGCAGCAAGGAUAUACUCAAGAAGUUGAGUAUCGUGGACCUCCACAGCACGAAGUCCUCUACGAACAAAGAAACUUCAGCCAAGAGGCGCCCUAUCAACAAGUACAGAGGCAACAACUACAUCACGAAUAUUAUCGACCAGUCGAUUCUGAAAAUCAAUUCCGUCAAUUAAAUCAAUAUCAACGUCAUAUCGAAAGUCAACAUCGAUACAUGCCAUCACUAAAACCACAACCGCAGCAACCGCUGCAUGGCACCACAGCCAACGGUAUGGCUAAUGGGAAUUCGGCGAUCAGUUCUUCACGAAUGGGCGCCAACAAAACCGGACAUGAACAUGGCGCGGCGCUCGUGCCGUCUCGUCCACCACAAUUCCUCGUACAUCCACAAUCCAUUGCAGCAAAACCUGGCGAGACAGUGACUUUCACAACAAAGACAAGCGGCAGUCCCAUGCCUACAUUGGAAUGGUGCCGAGCCGAUGGUUCUCCUAUUCAGUCCGGCGGGAAAUUCAAAAUUGAGCAUGGAAAUAGUGGCGAUAGCAAGAUGAUCAUCGAGAGGGUUGACGCUAACGAUGCUGACAACUAUGCGGUUGUGGCCAAAAAUAGCGCUGGAACAUUCCAAAGCCGUUUCAUGCUAAAUGUACUACAGGCAAAAUCACCCGAAGCGCCAGAGUUCACCGGGAAAUUCCAGUCGACAACCGUCUACGAAGGGGAUUCAGUAAAACUUUACUGCAAGGCAGCUGGCGAACAAAUAACCUUCAAAUGGUUCAGGGAUAACGAGGAAAUCCCGAAUGGACCACCAUUUAAGAUCCAAAGUGGACCGAACGAAACGACAUUAACGAUUGAUAAUGCUACGUUAGCUGAAGGAGGCUGGUAUCGUUGUGAUGCCUCGAAUAAGCAUGGAACCACCGCCUUGAAGGGCCGUGUGGUUGUGCAAAGCCGACAAAAAUUCAAUGCACCACAUAGGGAGCAGAUCACACUGAGGAAGGUUGACCGGCGCCAGGCAAGAACUCCGGUCAACCAACUGCCAGACGUAUCCGCUUCAAAAGUGGCGCCAACCAUCUCCAACGAACUCCAAGCUCUGAACCUCAUCGAAGGCCAAACGGCCCGACUCGAAAUCCGCUACGCUCCGGCGGAUGAUCCGAACGUGAAAGUAGUUUUCCUGCUGAAUGGCAAACCUGUAGUGACUUCAUCUCGAGUGACAGCUGUCUACGAAAAAGGCCUUGCAAUCCUUGAAAUUAAUCCCGUCACAGUAUUUGAUGCAGGCGAAUAUACGGUAAUUGUGAUGAAUCCGAAAGGUGAAGCACGAAAAUCGACUAAGAUGAGUGUAAUUGGACACGGCACCGUUGAUCAACCAACGCUUGGAAACAGCUUUGGCACCGCCUAUCAGUCGAGAAGCACAAAAGCUCCUCCAGGAAUUCAACUAGAUCUACCCAAUUUCCACUCCGAUUUGCGAUCACAUGAGCUGUUCGAAGGCCAACCGAUUCAUCUCGAGACGAAAUUAACACCGCUCAACGACCAGAAUCUUGUCGUUGUAUGGUACCUGAAUGGAAGGGAACUCAUGAAAAAUGACCGCUGCAGACAAACCCUACAUCAUGGAUUUGCCACACUUGAUAUUUUGGACUCAACGAAAGAUGACAGUGGCGUUUAUACUUGCCGAGCGAUCAAUAAACUCGGACAAUCCGAGAACCAAGCGACUGUCAUUGUGCAUCCUCGUGUGGAUUUGCACAAAUACGAGCAGAAUCGAAAUCUGGAUGUGGAUGACGUGCGAGAGAUCCAGUUCAGCCACGCCAAACACGACGAAACGCCGAAGUUUUUAUCACCGAUCAAACCGUUCCAUUGCGACCAAGAACUUGGACGUUCGUUCUUUGAGGCUCGCAUAACCCCAGUGAACGAUCCUUCGCUCAGAGUCAGCUGGUUGAAGGACGGUCAUGCACUUCCGAAUGCGAACAGAAUCCAGACUUUCCACAACUUCGGCUGUGUGUCACUUUCAUUCAACCCCACGUAUCCAGAGGACGCUGGAACUUACACAUGCGUCCUAUUCAAUGCUCAUGGACAGGCUCAAUGCUCUGCAGAACUUACCACGGUACAAAUGCCUACGCUUCAAACUGACAGCAAACAUCAAGAGAGUUUGCAGAUCAUCGGAUACCUAGAUAGUCAUCAGGUGCAUAUUGGUCCUCAAGAGGUUGAUCGUCCGGAGGAGUUCCAAUCUCUGGACACUCCUCGGUUUGUUCGUCCGUUGGCUGCCCGCAUAGAAUGCAACGAAAACGAUCCCGUUCACUUCGAGGCACGACUUCAGCCAGCUAAUGACCCAAAAAUGACAGUAGAAUGGUAUCACAACGGAGCUCCGCUACCAGCUGCCCACCGGUUCCGUCCUAUGUUCGAUUUUGGCUACGUUGCCCUAGAUAUUCUUUAUGCUUAUCCGGAAGACAGCGGCACCUAUACAUUGGUCGCCAGGAACGAGCUUGGUGAGACUCAGUGCAACUUGGAUCUGGUUGUCAACAGCAGCAAGACAUUGUACCUUGAUCCUAAUCAUCCGGAAGGACUGCAACGAAUCCAGGAACUUGAGCAAGAUCGUCGCCAAGGUCUGCCAGAAAUUGAAGAUCGCACCUGUGACGCUGCACCACAGAUUCUCGGAGAUCUGAAAGACCAGGACCUGAAUGAACAUGACAACAUCCAUCUUGAUGUUAAAGUAACCCCAGUGCAUGACCCAACUAUGGUUGUGGAGUGGUUUGUCGACGGACGACAGUUGAUCACUGGCAGUCGUGUGAAAACGAUGAACGAGUUUGGCUUUGUUGCCCUAGAUGUUACGGGUGCAAUCGCCGAAGAUUCUGGAACGUAUACACUGAGGGUCAAGAACGCUCUCGGAGAAGCUACUCGACAGUGCAAGAUCAACGUUAAUCCGGCUGGACAAGUUAUCCUCGAUACACACCAUGAAGAAUCGCUAGACAAGAUUAACUAUCUGGAGAAUUUGGACAAGUAUGGACGUCGCGAAAUCGAAGAUCAUGGACCAGAUAUGGCUCCAGUGUUUGUUGUUCCUCUGGAAGCAGAUAUGGGUGAGGUAGAGGAAGGCGAACCAAUCCACCUAGAGUGUCAAGUGAAACCGAUCAACGACAAUACACUUAAAGUCACCUGGCUGCGUAAUGGAGCUCCCAUUCCUCACGGCCAUCGUUUCCGUACCUUCUACGACUUCGGAUUUGUGUCGUUGGACAUUUUGGGAGUGUAUGCCCAGGAUAGUGGCGAGUAUACCUGCAAAGCAGAGAACGCUCUCGGAUCUGUUGAGACGAAAACAAAGAUUCAUUGCAAUCCGAAGGACGCAAUUCUUGGGCAAGUACAACACCCGAAGAGCUACCAAAGAAUCCAGGAGAUCGAGGCACCAAAGCCAAAACCGCAGGAGCUACCGGACGCCCCGAAACAGCCUCCAAGCUUCGUGAAACAACUCGGACCACCUAUUCAAUGUGCCGAGGGUGACAACAUCUAUCUAGAGGCUCAGGUCGUUCCUACUGAUGACAAUACUCUGACGUACGAAUGGCUUGUAAAUGGACGCCCACUGAUGAAAGCACAUCGUUUCGUUCUGUCACAGGAUUUCGGUUAUAUUGCUUUGAAUAUACUGUAUUGUUAUCCAGAAGACAGUGGUACCUACACCCUUGUUGUCAGAAACGCUGCUGGUGAAGCACAGUCUACUGUGGACAUUGACUGCCGCAUCGAUGGUGUCAAUUACCGAGAUUCGCUUCAUCCCGGCUCUCUGCAACGUAUCAAAGAGCUUGAAACACCACAACAGCGUGCAGAGCCACCCCCAGAGAAACCAAAAGAGCAGCCGUCAAUCAUUAAGGGACUUCCACCUAAAUUUGACGUUGUUCACGAGUCACAGACUCUUCAUCUUGAAGCUCAAGUGGCUCCGGUAGAUGAUAAUACGCUCAAGUACGAAUGGUUGUUCAAUGGACAGCCGCUGAAGGCCAGCAGUCGCUACCGUAUCCUCAAUGACUUCGGUUUUGUCACUUUGGAUAUCGACUAUGUGAUCGCCGAAGAUGCUGGAAAGUACACCUUAGUGGUUUCGAAUGCAGCGGGAAAAGCUGAAACUUCAUGCGAAUUCGACGUAGAGCGACUGAAAUCGAUCCUUUCGGACACAGCACAUCCAGAAUCACUUAGAAGAAUCACCGAAAUGGAGCAGCUUAAACCAGCCAAACCUAGUGAUGAGGACCUACCUCUUGAACCCCCCGUGUUCACCCAACAACUCACUGGACCUACAGAAGUGCUCAAGGAGGGACAAAGCGUGCAUAUGGAUUGUGUGGUUCAACCGAUCAAUGAUCCUAAUUUGAAGAUCGAAUGGUUCUGCGAAGAACGUCCAUUGAUGUUCGGUUCACGCAUCCGCACCAUCCACGAUUUUGGAUACGUUGGGUUAGAAUUCCUUCACGUUCACCCAGAAGACACAGGAACGUAUAUCUGCCGCGCAACAAACGCAGCCGGCACAGCGGAAACCAGAUUCAAACUUGAAUGCAGACCACGCCGAAAUAUCUACCUUGACACUCAACAUGAAUCAUCGUGGGCUAAGAUCCAGGAAAUGGAGAAUCGUGAAGAAAUUCGCGAACCAUCUCCUGAAAUGUCGUUCCCACCACCUAACUUCACCGAGCAACUCAAGAAUGUUGACGACGCGACUGAAGCGGAUGCUGUACGUCUUGACUGCCGUCUUGUACCCGUUAACGACCCAACUCUUAAAGUAUUCUGGACAAUCAACGGGAAUCCAUUGCCUGAGGCUUCUCGCUUCAUGCCAGCCCGCAAUUUCGACUAUGUCAGCUUGGAUAUUCUGGGCUUGUAUCCAGAAGACUCUGGGGUGUACACUUGCAAGGCUGUAUCUCAAUUUGGAGAGGCUGCCACCUCUUGUACGGUUAAAUGCAAUCCAACCCAAUCACUCCAACUGGAUACUCAACACGAAGCAUCCUGGACUAGAGUACAGGAAAUCGAGAACAGGAAGCCACCUGAGAGAAUCUACGAAGAACCAGAGAAGAUGCCUCCUCGUUUCGUUGUACAAUUGCCAGGUGCUUUGGGUGAAGUGGCAGAAGGUACACCGAUUCACUUUGAAUGUCAAGUGGAACCGACCAAUGACAACCAGCUUACGGUGCAAUGGUACCACAAUGGUGUUCCGCUGGCUAAUGGACAUCGUUUCCGAACUGCGCACGACUUUGGCCAUGUGUCCCUGGAUAUCCUGUAUGCGUUUGCACAGGAUUCCGGAGAAUGGACUUGUGUGGCGAGAAAUCAACUUGGCGAGGCGCAGACGAGUGCCAGUUUCACCGUCCUUCCAAAGGGUGUUCUCUACUUGGACUCACAUCAUCCAGCAAGCUGGCAGAGAAUCCAGGAAUUGGAAGCACCAAAAAUGGCACCGGAAGAAGCUCCAGAGCAAGAACCCGAUGCACCACAAUUCUUGGAACCAAUGGAAUCACUGGAGCGUAUCGAAUUCCAACCGGCUCACUUCGAAACCCGCCUUGCUCCUGUCAACGAUACAAACAUGGUUGUUCAAUGGUUCAAAGAUGGACAACCGCUGCACAGCGGAAACAGAUUCAAACUUACUUGCGAUUUCGGUUAUGUUGCCUUGGAUAUCGCUCAUACAGUACCCGAAGACACAGGUACCUACUCAGUCAAGGCAAGCAACAGGAAGGGAGAAGCUGAGGUGAAAGCUAACCUUUCGGUGCGCGGAAAUGCCGGCAUUCUCGCGGACACUCUACAUGAUCAAUCAUUGCAGAAGAUUAGGAUACUUGAGGAGCCGCGAGCUCCAGGACCCGAAGAACCGGAGAGGAAAUACGGACCACCGAAAUUCGUCCGGCCAUUGAACAGCGUUGAGAAUAUCAUCGAAGGACAGCCGGCUCACUUUGAGGCUCAAUUCGAACCAUUCGCUCAUCCGCAGACGACCGUUCAAUGGUUCCUUAACGGAAAACCGCUCUCAGCUUCAAGCAGACGAAUUCUUCGCAACGACUUUGGUCUUGUUACUCUGGAUCUGCAGUACGCGUUGAGUGAGGAUAAUGGGGAACUCUCUGUUGUUGCACGUAAUCCUGAAGGAGAAGAUCGCACUUCUGGAAAGUUCUCAUGUACUCCGAGAGAUUCCAUCUUCAGAGAUCCGCUUCAUGAUCAGUCAUGGAAGAGAAUCCAGGAGAUCGAAGCUCCGCGUGCACCUCUUCCUGAACCUGAAGCACCGCAAUACAGCAAGCCGACGUUCACACAGCCACUACAAAGCAUUGCCGACAUUCCAGAGGGAGGCGUGGCUCUUCUGGAAGCUCGGGUCACGCCUCUGAAUGAUCCGAAUCUCAAGAUUUUGUGGUUCUUCAACGAUUCACCUCUACAGGAUUCCAACUGGAUCGCAACAAACAACGACUUCGGGAAUGUUUCUCUGCGUAUCGCUCCUUGUCAUACUCGUCAUACUGGAGUAUAUUCGUGCAAGGCCGUUAAUGACCAAGGAGCAGCUGUCACAAGUGCUCAAAUAUCUGUUCAAGGAUCUGAUGGUCUUCUGCUUGACACAUCACACCCAGAAUCUCUCCAGAAGAUUCGAGAAAUCGAAUCUAUGGAUAAAUUCGCUCGAAUCGAGGCACCAGAAAGAGAAUAUGGAAAACCACAGUGGAUCCAACCAUUCGAGAACGCGGAUAACGUUGCUGAAGGUGAAGUGGUGGAGCUUCACGGUUUGGUUGAACCUUCAGGAGAUCCAAACCUCCGUAUUGAAUGGAUGCUCAACGGAAAACCGCUCAUGAAUGCCAACCGGUUCCGACAAGAGUAUGAAUUUGGAAAUGUAAUCAUGACGAUCGUACAUACACUUCCACACGAUUCUGGAGUUUACACCUGUCGUGCCUAUAAUGCUGCCGGUGAAGCCACUACCAGUGCUACCGUUAAGGUUGCGGGAUAUGAGCGUAUUCUCCUUGACCCACAGCACCCUGUUUCGUGGCAGAAGAUUCAAGAACUCGAAGCACCUGUGGUUAUCGAAGAGAUCGAAGAAGUGGUUCAUCGUGAGAAACCAAGCUUUGUUACUCAACUACAGUCUGUGGAGGGAAUUCCCGAAGGAGAAAAGAUCCAUCUCGAGGCCACCUUCCUGCCGUCACGAGAUCCCGAGCUUAAGGCAGUAUGGCAAAAGAAUGGUCAGCCUUUGGGAGCGUCGCAACUCAUCCAGACCCGUCAAGAACUUGGAUGGGCAACUUUGGAUAUCUUAUCUGCCAACGAAGACCACAAUGGCGUCUACACUCUUACUAUCUCGAAUUCUGAAGGCGAAGCUGUGUCGACAGCGAUGGUGAAAGUUGUUGGCAGUGCACCUGUACAGGGUGACACGCGUCAUGAGGAGUCCUGGCGUCGGAUUCAGAUCCUCGAGGCACCUAAGGAAGCACCCGAAGAAGCUCCUGCGCCGGUCUACGACCGACCUACAAUUACUGGGCAAAUUCAGGACCAGGAAUGCAACGAAGGAGAUCACAGUCACUUCGAAGCUACAUUCACACCUGUCAACGAUCCAAACCUUACCAUCCAAUGGUUGCGCAACGGUCAACCGCUUUCUCACGGCUCUAAAUAUGCUAUCAGUCAGGACUUUGGAAUUGGCAUGUUGGAUAUUGCCUACACCUAUCCCGAGGAUCAGGGAGUAUAUCAGCUGAAAGUUACGAAUGCACAAGGUGAAGCAGUAUCUUCGGCUACCUUGAAAUGUCAUGGAAAAGAUUCAAUUCUUGGCGACACUCAACACGCAGAAUCUUGGGCUCGGAUUCAGGAGAUCGAGGCUCCGAAGCCGAAGAUGGAAGAGGUGGAACCUGGACCAAAACCUCCUCCUCGAUUUAUCGUUCCCAUCGCUUCUCCUGGAGAGCUUGUGGAGGGACAGCCGGCGCACUUUGAAGCCACUAUUGAACCUAUUGAUGAUCCUGGAAUGAAGAUCAUCUGGUGCCUCAAUGGUGCACCGGUUGCUGACUCCUCCCGCAUGAAGAUGAUCAACGAUUUCGGCUGGGUGAUUAUGGAUAUUAAUCAAGUGGAGGUGCGAGAUACCGGUGACUGGACGUGCGUAGCGAAGAAUGCUGCCGGAGAAGCGCAAUGUUCUGCGCCUUUGAAAGUGGCUGGAAAAGAAAGCAUUCUUCUUGACGCGAUCAACCCACAAUCGCUCGACCGUAUUCGUGAAAUCGAAGCCGAAAAACCAGCAGCGCCCGAAGCGCCGGAUCGCGUCUUCCCAGCACCGGUGUUCACAGCACCACUGUCCGUACAAGGAGCGGUUGAGGAAGGUGGAAGUGCACAUUUGCAAGCACAAUACACCCCAAUUGAUGAUCCUAACGUUAAAGUCGAAUGGCUUCGCGAUGGUCAGCCGAUAUUCCACUCAAAUCGCUACAGGAUGGUACAUGACUUCGGUUUUGCCGUGCUUGACAUUAUCCAUCUGCUUCCUCAUGACACUGGGGAGUACACGUGCAGAGUAUCAAAUGCGGCGGGCCAGGCGGAGUCUUCCGCUCCUAUUAAAGUGGAACCAAGCAGUGGACUUAUUCUGCAUCCUCAGAACGAACAAAAAGCUAGAGCCGUUGAAGAACUUGAGGAGAUUCUUCACAGACGCCCAGAAGAGGUGGCGGAGGAGAUCAAGGAAGCGAUGCCAGUAUUCAUCCAGCCGCUAUCUGCUCCAGUCGAAUGCGAAGAGGGAGAUCGUGCUCACUUCACUGCCAGAUAUGAACCACUCAAUGACAAUAAACUGCAGGUACAAUGGUUCCUUAACGGCCGUCCGCUGAAGACCGGUUCUCGCGUCAAGACUAUCAACGACUUCGGUUUUGUAGUGUUGGAGAUCAGUCCUGUAUAUCCAGAGGAUAGCGGCGAGUACUCGUGCCGCGCUGUCAAUGCGGUUGGUGAAGCUGUCACCAGCACAAAAUUGACUUGCGCUCCUAAGGAGGGAAUCAUCAGCAAGUCACAGUUGCCUGAUAGAAUGUCUGGAGCUCAAGCUAGAAUCACAGAGAUUGAGGCACCACGUCCAGCGCCUGAAGAAAUGCCUGAUGUUGAUCAUGGACCACCUAAAUUUACAACUCAGUUGGCUUCACCACCAGAGCUUCUCGAAGGACAAAUGGCUCAUCUGGAAGCCCAGAUUAGUCCAGUGGCUGAUCCAAAUCUCAAGAUUGAAUGGUUCCACGAUGGAAACCCAGUGAAACACUCGAACAGAAUGAAGAUGAUCCAUGACUUCGGAUUUGUUGUUCUGGAAAUGUCCCCAGCUGAACCACAAGACACAGGAAAAUGGACGUGCCGAGCCACAAACAAGAAAGGCAGCGAUGAAGUUUCGUGUGAUAUUAAGGUUGUUGGUACCGGAGGUGUCUCUUACGAAUGGCAGUCACCUGCUGAACGUAAGGAACGCAUUAAUGAACUGGAGCAAUGGAUCCAUCGUCCGAAAGAGGAGCUCGACUUGCCACCCGUCGACUAUGGACCACCAAAAUUCACGCAGAACCUCGCCGAUAUGGGCACACUCAACGAGGCUGAUGCCACCGCAUUCGUUUGUGUCCUCGAACCAAUUGGAGAUCCAACGCUUAGAGUACAAUGGCAGCACAAUGGACAUCCAAUUCCAUACUCGAACAGAAUCUCAACAACGAACGAAUUCGGCGUUGCAACAUUGCUCAUUAAACACCUUAUCGCUCAAGAUGCUGGCGAGUAUAAGUGUAUUGCUACAAACGCUAAGGGAUCAGCUGAAACAGUCGGCAAAGUCCAGGUAGAAUCUCUAACUCAAGUCGAUGCUCCUCAAGUUGUCCAACCACUUGUUGAGACAAUCGAUCAAACACUUGAAGGCGAUUCGGUCCAUUUGGAGUGCCGUGUCACACCGAUCAACGACCCGCAACUCAAAGUGGAAUGGUACAGAAACGGUGCGCCAUUGCCGGAAGCCAGCAGGUUCAAACCUCUAUUCGAAUUCGGAUUUGUCUCCUUGGAUAUUCUUUAUGCAUAUCCUGAAGAUAAUGGUGUAUACGAGCUGGUGGCAUCCAACGAUAAGGGCGAGGCUAGGACGAAGUGCUCGAUUACGGUGCUACCACGACCUAAGCUCGACUACUCGUCACAAACCCACGGUAGCAAUCUGGAUAACAUUGAAUCACACUUCCGUCAGCAUUCCACUCAAGCGUUAAAGAUGACACCCGAAGAUAUGCAUGACGACGCGCAGAAUAAACCACCUGAGUUCAAAAUGCCAUUGGAGAAUAUUGGUGUGGCUGAAGGAGAAUUCUGCCGAUUCGAGACUCAAAUUGUUCCGAUCAAUGAUCCGUACAUGAAGGUUGAAUGGUUCAAAGACAAGAAACCCGUUCUUCUUGGUCAUCGGUUCCGAUCGGUACUGGACUUCGGAUUUGCAUGUCUUGAUCUCCUCUAUGCUUUACCUGAUGACACUGGCGAAUAUUAUUGCGUAGCCACGAAUAAACACGGACAAGCUAUGAUCAGCGCGAAAUUGGCAUGCCAGGGCGUCUCUCAUAUCAUCACCGACCCGCAGAUGCCUCAAGGAAUGCUGGUGCAUAAUGUCAAGAAAGAUAACAAGAAGAUCCACUGGAGCGAACAAGGAGAGACUGUUGUACGACAAAAGCAGAAGCCCCAGUUCACUAUUAAACCACGUGCCUUGCAAGUGAUUGAAAAUGAACCGGCUCGAUUCGAGUGCGCUCUUAUCGGUAAUCCAAGACCGAAGGUCACCUGGUAUAUCAAUAACAACCAAGCGUUACAUGGCCAUCGUUACAAGUUGAACUAUGACGGUUUACACUAUUUGACCAUCAGCAAUUGCCGUAUCUCGGACGCUGGAGAAAUAUUAGUGAUCGCGAGAAACAGCGAAGGUGAAGUGCAAUCAACAUGCACUUUAGACAUCUUCCAGAAGAAGGACUUCCGACAGUUGCAAUUGAAACCAACACAAUUCAUGACUAGCGAGGAACUACAACAACGACAAAUUCAGUGGCAGAAGGAGACUCUUGGCAAGCUUGGUGAAGCAUUCGAGGCGGCACCCAGACCAGACGCUCAGAAACUCUUCCAUGUCGAGCGAUCUCGCUAUCCGGUUGAACCUCUUGAAACGGAAGAGCUUAUCGAUAAGUUUAACCGACCGCGUGAUGACCAGUUCUAUGAUCAGCUGGCCUACGUCGAAACAGCUCGACCACAGUUCAAGGGAUUGGAAUUGCAACCCGUGCAACUCAAACCCGGACAAGUUUCGAAAUACCAACCACCCAAAGAAGAGAUGGAGACAGUCGCUCUCCGUACCAUUCCCUCUCAAGAGAAAGCCGCUCCAGCAUCAGAACAACCAGAUUGGGCUCAAGCAGGCGGUGCCAAACUGCCAGGAAACGUUGAUGGAAGGUUCAAGAAACUUCCCACUCCACCGAAAGAGGUUGAUAUCCCGGCUCGUGAUCAGAUCACGUUGAAGACGGCUAAGCCAAAACCUGCAUCAGAGAUCGAUACUGGAGAACGUGUGAGAAUUGCAGAAGAAAAGGCUAAGCUGAAGCAAGUGGAGCAAGGACCUGAACAGCCAAAGGAGGAGAUUAUCCCUCAUAAGCAGCAAGUCGAACUGAAAACGAAAUUCACUCCAAUCGUCGCAAAACCGGGCGAAAGCGUUAAGAUCGACAGCAAACCGCUGAAAGAUACGCCACCGGUGGAGAAGGCGCCGAUAGAAAUGAGCAGCAUCAGCAAUAAGCCACAACCGACAAAGAUAGGAGUAUCUAAACAGGCUCCGCCUACAGUAUCUCAACAACUUAAACCGAUCCAAGGAGAACCAGGAAAGGCCGCUAAAUUUAUCGUUAAUUACGACGGGGCCGCGCCAAUCAAAGUCACAUGGUUCAAAGAUGGCAAAGAGAUCAAGAGCAACUUCCGAAAUCAAAUCACCACGACAAAUAACAGCUCAAGCCUUCAUAUUGGACGAUUGGAGAACACUCACCCUGGAUUGUAUCUUGUUCGACUUGAGAACGUCGCUGGAACGGUUGAAUCAUCGGCAAAUUUGACGUUGUCUGCUCCAACUGACAAAGGAAAAGCUCCGGAUUUCACGGCUCGAAUGAACGACCUUCGCAUUCCACAACACGGCCCAGCCGUCUUCACAUGCUCAAUCACCGGUGAGCCGAAACCGACUGUCAACUGGUUCAAGGAUGGUCAAAUGCUGCCGAACGAUGGCCGUUUUGAAGCGAGCGAUGCGAAUGGUCAAUACAAACUUUCGCUUAAAAAUACUUUACCUCAAGAUGCCGGAGUCUACGAAUGUGUGGCUAAGAACACGGCUGGAGAAGCCAGAUGUAAAGCCCGACUGAAUGUGAACCUCAGCGUCACAGGUAAAGGAGCGGAAGAAGGUCCACGAUACGAAGCACCACGAUUCUCGACCCAAAUCCAACCAAUCAUAGCUGAUGAAGGCAAACCAGCCGUCUUCUCCGCCAAAUACACUGGAUUCCCAGAACCUACUAUUCGAUGGUAUCGUAAUAAUGAACCGAUCAAGCGUUCUGCUGGUUACGAGGUAUCUCAAUCAAAGGAUGAAGCAAUCCUGAAGGUUUCCUCUUGCCAACAAGAAGACGUGGGCGAGUACAAAGUUGAGGCGAGCAAUCCGGCCGGAAAGGCGUCAUCGGUUGCGAAUUUGGUGCUAACACCAAAAGCCGGACGGAUCGCAAAGACGACAAUUGUGCGAGGCGGUGGUGCCAGCGUGCACGAUAAACCCGCAAGCGAUGCUCCGCACUUCGUGUCCAGGCUAAGCGAUAUUUCAGCACGACAAGGCCAUACGGUGAAGUUCGCCUGCGAUAUUGACGGAAAUCCCAUGCCAACAGUGCAGUGGAUGUAUAAUGGAAAACCGGUGCCAGCUUCGAAGGACAUAAAGAUCAGCCUCGAGGGAAAGCGCGCAGUGCUGGAAAUCGCCCGAGUGACGCAUAACCAUGCUGGUGACUACGAAAUUGUGAUCAGAAAUCCGAAAGGCGCUGCUCAAUGCAAGGCCAAACUCACGCUCAGUCGAUAA